AUGGCAUUCCGCGGCACACCAAGAGGAGGACGGGGCGGCUUUUCUGGCGGCAGGGGCGGUUUUACCCCCCGUGGAGGACGCGGCGGUGGCAUGGGAGCUUCAUUUGGUCCUCCUGACCAGGUCUUUGAGAUGGGCAAAUUCGUGCACGAUGUCGAGAACGAGAUGUUCUGCGAGUCGAUAAAUACAAAGAUCCCCUACUUCAACGCGCCCAUCUACCUCGAGAACAAGACUCCCAUUGGCAAAGUCGACGAGAUCCUCGGUCCUCUCAACUCGGUAUACUUCACCAUUAAGCCGCAAGAAGGCAUACAAGCAAAGUCAUUCAAGGCUGGCGAUAAGUUCUACAUUGGCGGUGACAAGCUUUUGCCCAUUGACAGAUUCCUACCCAAGCCCAAGCCGGUCGGUGGCGCCGCGAGGGUCAAGAAGCCCGCUGGCGCUGGUGGUCGCGGAGCACCACGAGGAGGAUCCCGCGGCUUUGGCGGUCGCGGUCGUGGCGCACCCCGUGGACGUGGUGGGCCUCCUGGACGCGGUGGAUCGCGAGGAGGGUUUAGCCGUGGAGGAGGCGGUGGUGGUUUCUCAAGAGGCGGACGUGGUGGUGGUGGCAGCUUUGGUGGUGGACGUGGUCGAGGAGGCUACUAG